AUGGUCAUGCAAUCGUUGGACGACGCCUUCGACGAUGGCUAUGGGGUCUUUGAUGAAGAUGGCGGGGAGGCAGAGGAUCCACAGGAAGGCUUCAGCAGCCUCGUUGAUGGUGCCAAUGAGAUUCUCAUGGAGGACCAGGCGCGGAACGAGCGCCAGGCGCGCCGGAACGUGCGGAUCCGCGGGCUGCUGAAGACCUUCCGCGACUCCUCAGAGGCGGCUCCGAAGCCUUUCAAGAUGGAGGGCUUUGCCAAGGUCGCCGGGCCCCAGGCGCCGCAGUCGGAGCAUCCACCUUGGUGGGUCGAAAGGGAGCACCCCACCGAGGCCUCGCUGCGGCUCCAUGAGGAGCUCAUCGACUUCACCGAGUUCCUGCGUCCCACCGUCAUCGAGGCGGCCAUGCGCGAUGCCUGGGUCCACUCCAUCGAAGAGGCAGCCAAAUCCCUUUGGCCAGAGGUCCGGGUGCACAUUUUUGGCUCCACCUCGACGAGUCUGAACCUCCCCAGUGCCGACAUCGACGUGGCCAUCGUGAACGUGACGAACCUCCGGGUCACCACCGCGAUGAAGCAACUGGCUGAACGCAUGCUGGAGCGACAGGAGGUGAGCAAAGUGGAGAUCAUCCAGUCUGCUAAGGUACCGGUGAUGAAGGUGCAGCAGAGAACCACCGGGCUCAUGGCUGACAUUGUGAUCAACAAGACCGACGGCUUGGAUACGGCCAAGUUCGUUCGGGAACAAAUGGCGAUCUUCCCUGCCAUGCCUCCGCUGGUGCUUUUCCUGAAACUGUUCUUGGCCCAGAGGAAUCUCCACGAAACUUACAUGGGUGGCUUGGGCUCCUAUUUGCUUGUGUGCGUGGUGCUCUCCUUUCUGCAAUUGCAUCCUUCAGCUCAGCAGCAACGACUACACUCAGCUUCGACCUUGGGGAAGUUGUUGUUGGACUUCUUCCGCUACUAUGGCCAGGAGUUCCGCUACGCCACGCAGGGCAUCAGCGUCCUGAACGGCGGCGCCCUCUUCGACCGGCAGCAGCGGGGCUUCACAGCGCGAACACGCACGGGGCAGGCGACGCUCUGCUUGGAGUCUCCCUCGGAGCCCAGCCUGGACAUCGGGUCGCGGGUCUUUAAGAUCGGCAUCAUCCGCGCGGCCUUCAACCACGGCUAUCACGUGCUCUCCACGUUGUUCCUCUCCAAGGAGCCCAUUCCGGGCUCCUUGCUGUGUCCCUAUUUGCUGCGGCGCGACCACCCACUGAUCGCACAGCGCUUCCGCCUAUUCAACGAGCAGCCGGCUCCCUUCUUGGAGUUGGUGGGUCGCCCCGAGAGCGACGAGGAGCGGGAGAAGGGCCCUGCGGAGCCGAUCAUGAAGAAGAAGAAGUUGGACACGGCGCCGCUGAACAUCAAUGUGGCCAUGGAGGAGCCUGUGCCGGACCCCAUGGCCGAGAGUCUGACACAAGCCUUAGACUUCCUGGCGGCCGCCGAUCCGCGCUUGGCGCAAGACGACCCUUAUGGCCAGGCCGAAGCCGACUUUGAGGAGAGCCUCCUGGACCUGGACCCGGCAGUCUUGGCCGAAGAGCAGCGGAAGCUUCAAGAGCAGAUCGCACGUCUGGAGGUGCCUGGCAUGUCCUGGUGUCGCGGCUCUUGUGAGGCUUCGGUGAUGAAAGCUGAAGGAUUCAUCGACCAAAAAGGGGAAGCCAAAGCACAGGCCUCUUUCGCGGCACUGAAGGCGAAGGACUCCCCUGUGGUGGUGAACAUCCGCUAUGGCAAGAGGAUUGCACCCAUCGUGCUGCCGCGUGAGCCGAAGGUCAGCGUGGCAGCCGUGUUGAGCUCUUUCUCCUUCCGGCUUUGUGCCUCUCAGCAGUGGCCGCGCUGUGCAGCCUGCCGACGUUUGCAACACUGCGCCAAGCACUUGGAGCAGCUGCAGGAGAUCUUGCUUCCAGCAGUGAUUCCGGCCGGCACCUGCAGCUUGCAGCUUUGGCAGGGCCUUGCACAGGUGUGCUUCGACGAGGACCUGAACGACUUGGAGACCUUCUCCAGCGCGGCCUGUGUGGCCAAGGUGCUGGCCGCCCUUACGGUUCCUCUGGUGGACGCGGGACGCUUCAAGAGGAUCAACACCACCGCGCUCCGGAUCCCCACUACUUUGCUACCAGAGGCUGCGGCCAAAACGAACGCGUCAGUGAACACCACCAACACAAGUCUGUAUGACGCGCCAGGAUCUCAGGCCUACAGCGCCUACCUACCUGAGUGCCAAGAGAAGCUGAAGGCCGUGGUCAAGAAGGCUGAGACUCACUACACCAACCGCCAGCUGGUUGUGGCGCUUGCUCAAGAGUGCGACUUGGACAAGGAGUUCCCCACGGUGCGCCGCGUCUUCUUCGACCGCCGCCGUGACUGCCGUGCCUUCGCCGAGCAGCUGGGCGCUGCGCGGGCCAAGGAGAUGAAGGGUGAGAAAGGCGCCUACGAUGAGUGCUGCCAGACCUUGUGGGAAGAGCGAUCUCAGGCAUCGUUCCUGGGUUCUGUGGGUCUGGUGCUCCUCUUGACCUGGCAGCUUUGA